GUCUUUUCAACUACAUGACUGAUUGGUUCCAGAAACCAACAGAGGGCUGGCAAUGGAAGUUCUUCCCAGAACGUCUUGCUGGAGGCGAAUGAAGGAGAAGUGUCACGUGCAUCAAGCUGGGGAUCAGCAAUUUGAUUGGCUGUGCGGGGAAAUAUAUAAAGCCGGCUCCUCUUUAUCAUCCUCAGUCGUUUUGCUGAAGACGCAGACGAUGUUUAACAUGAGCCCAAGGUCUGUUAGCGUGCAACCACAAACCAGCCCGCGCUGUCGCUUCAUUCGCCAAAAGAGAACAGACCCUACGUGGAGAAAGUGUUGGAAAAGAAAGAACAUCUUUAUACAUCACCAUACCUGAGAAGUCUCGUGAGCAAGAUUGCCAUACAAAAUGAUGGCAGAAUCUCUGCCGUUCUGUGGCCCCAUGGGCACUUUGUCUGGAUGGGAGCUGGAAGCUUGGUAUGAAGAUCUUCAAGAUAUCUUGUGGGCUGACACAAAGGAAGCUGGAAAUUUGCUCCCUGUUGUUCCCGAAGAGCAGGAGUUGCUGCAAAUAGAAUCUGUGGGCCAUUCUCCUUACAUCUGGUCUGCAGAGUCUCCUUUACUCAUGGACAUAAGCAAUGAGGAUACUGAUGUACAACUGCUGCCUUCUACUAUUUUGGAAGUAAUAAACUCAGAUCUAGAAGACAGAUGUAACGUCUCUGGUUCCCCAAAGAGUGAGGAUACACGGCAGUCAGAAGUGCCAGAGCUUGAUUACUGCAGCAGCUCUUCAGUAAACACCCACACGGAGGAUGAGGAACCUUGUGUCAGCCAGCGAGCGUCAAAAAGAAAGAGAAGCCGUCAAUCACAAGGAGGAAAAGUACGUGUGAGAGAGAGGGAAGAGGAGAACGAAAAGAAAGUGGCCCAUUUGUUAUCCGAAAAUGAACGACUUAAGUGGGAGAUUGAACGCCUAAGUAAGGAAGUGGAACACACCAGGAAGGCUUUGAUAGAGCGGAUGGUGAACCUUAAAAAGGACUGAUUUGUUGAGAAAAAAAAACCUGUUAAACUGCAGUCAUGAGACUUUGCAUUAUGGAGCCACUUGCUCUGCUAUUAGAGGAACUACUUGCAAUGAGAACUGUUAUUGUAGGAAGGUGAACUUUGUAGAACUGCUGUGGCUUUCAGCAAGUACUGUAAAUACUGAUGUGAGGAAUCACAGGUUAGUCCUUUAUCUCGUCUGAAACGUAUUGCACUCUAUAUAUAAAGCAUAGCUAACCUGCACAUUGUCUGUUUCCAAAACAAUUUAGUAAUCGACUGAUAUAUUAAUCCAGUAUCUGAAUAAAACCUAAUUGCAUGUAUUUUGGUUUUUAUAUACAUUUAAUAUCUGCUCCUUAUUGACAAUACUGAUCUGCUUCUAUUUGCAACCCUGCGGUCUCCAGUGCAGCUGCACAUGUGCAUACCUUUAUGUCUCACAAUAUCUCUGGCUGUAAGGUUAGAAUCGAUGGUGACAAUAUUGUAGAGCUAAAUUCACUACGUAUGUGGGGGUUUUUUUUUUUUUCCCCCCUGCAAAGUAGCAACCGCUAUAUAUGGCUACGGUCAUUCUCUAACUUCCUUGUAGAGCACAACAAUGCUAGACAUGAUUUCUGAUCUAAAAUUGAUUGUUUGCUGCUGAAUCAUUAAAUAUUGUCCAUUUUACCUUGA